AUGAAACUUUAUCGUGGAGCCAGUGAUUUAGCGGCUAGUAGUCCUUCUAUUCUUUCUCAUGUUCCUAGAAAAGUUGAUGAUUUGCAGAACUCUAUGCUAUUGGACUCUUUUUCGGUGGAGGAAGUUGGAGCAGUAGUUUUCAGCAUGAAGGCGAACAAAUCACCAGGCCUAUAUGGUUUCAAUCCUGGGGUUUUCCAACAUUAUUGGGAUGUUGUGGGUCCUGAAAUAUCUCAGCUUUGUAUAUCUAUCAUCAACUCAGGUUUGAUUCCUCCAAGUCUUAAUGAGACAACAAUAGUUUUGAUUCCAAAGAAAUCUUUACCUGAGUCUAUGUUUGAUUUGACGCCAAUUGCCCUGUGUAAUGUGAUCUACAAGAUUGUUUUGAAGAUGUUAGCUAAUAGCCUUAAGAUGAUUUGGCCUUCUUUGGUUUCUACUAAUUCGAAUGCUUUUGUUGCUAGUCGUAACAUCCAUGAUAAUAGUGUUGUGGCUUAUGAAGUUAUGCAUUUUUUUCAUCGGAAAACUAGAGGCAAAGAAGGUUGGGCAGCUCUUAAGAUGGACAUUAGCAAGGCUUAUGAUCACAUUGAUUGGUCAUUUUUACGAGAUAUUAUGCUUACUAUGGGCUUCUCGACUCGCUUUGUGGAUUUGAUUAUGGCUUGUGUGUCUACUAUCACUUAUAAAGUUCUGCAUCAGGGUAGAAUUGUGGACCCUAUUUACCCAGAGUGUGACGGUAGUCUAUUAUUCUUUAAAGCUACUAAUGCAAAAGCAAGUGUGGUAAACUCUAUUAUCUCUAACUAUGCUAUGGCUUCGGGCCAGCUUAUCAAUUUUUCUAAGUCUUUGUUAUGUUUUAGCACUAAUACUUCUCCAGCUGUGCAUGAUUCUAUCACUAAUAUUUUACAUGUUAUUGAGCAUGACAAUAUUGGUAAUUACUUGGGGCUUCCCACAGUUGUUGGAAGGAAUAAGAAGGAGGUGUUUCAAUUUGUAAAGGACAAAGUUUGGCAUCGGUUACAUUCAUGGAGUCGUCACACUCUUUCUAGGGCGGGCAAAGAGAUUUUGUUGAAAACAGUGUUACAAGCUUUGCCCAACUAUGUCAUGAACCUCUUCUUGUUACCAAAGACUUUGUGCAAGGAGUUACAGCAUACUAUAAUGGCUUUUUGGUGGGGCAAAGGGAUUAAUCAUGAGCGGUGCAUCCAUUGGUUGGGAUGGGAUCGGUUGUGUUACCAUAAAUCUCUGGGUGGGCUUGGUUUUAAAAAGCUCCAUCAGUUUAAUUUGGCUAUACUUAGUAAGAUGGCAUGGUCAUUGGUUGUGAAUCCUGACUCUUUGGCAACUCGGCUCUUAAAGGCAAAGUAUUAUCUGGACUCUUCUUUUUUUACAGCUCCCUUAGGAUCUUCGCCAAGUUACAUUUGGCGUAGUAUCCAUGCUACUCAAUCUCUUAUAUGUUCUGGUUUAUGUUGGCAUAUUGGAACAUGUAACCAAGUUAAUAUCUGGUCAAAUGCCUGGCUUAGAGACCCAGAUAAUGGUUUUGUUACCACUCAGCCUAUGGCCGACUCUAGUGUACAAGUCGUUGCUGAUUUGAUUUACCAUGGGUCUUGCAAUGCCCCUCUCAUUAACUCUCUUUUUAAUCAAUGGGAUAGGGCCUUAAUCCUCUCUAUUCCUUUGUCAUCUUCGCGGCCCCCAUAUCGAAUUUGUUGGAAGUUGGAGUCGAAAGGUAUAUUUACUGUUAGAAGUGCUUACAAGUCUCUUGUUUGGGAUUCUAGAUUAGGAGGUUCAAAUGAUUCUCGACUUUUAUGGAAAAAGCUUUGGAAUAUACGUGCUCACCGAAGGAAUGAUAAAGUCUGGAAUGGUAAGCUCCUUACAGCGUAUCAGGUUUGGCAGUGGGCAAAUUUCGCUUAUCACAAGUGGCAGGCUGUUCAACCAAAUAUCCUCCCUGCUGCUUCUCAGUCUUUGAUCAGGCCACGAGAUUGGAAUAGUAGCUUCUUGGCAGCCAAGAAUGUGGUAUUGCAAGGUAAUUUAAUGGUAAAGGAGGCUGAAGCUAUUGGUAUCAAAGAGGCACUCAAUUGGGUGCUUUCCAAUGGCUGGUCACGAGUUAUUAUUGAAUCUGAUGCUUUAGGAGUAAUUCAGGCUCUCAAGGAUCCCUUUUAUCAGGACUCAUCUUCUUUUGGCUUGCUUAUUUCAUAUUAUAAGUCUCAUUUGUCUGAGAUUGAUUCAGUUAUUUUUGCACAUGUUUACAGAUCUAUAAAUGGUGUGGCUCAUAGGUUAGCUAGAGCAAUCCAUUCUGUGUCAAAUGUGGGUGAAUGGAUUGACCAUCCACCAGAUUUUAUUGUUCAAGCUCUGUCUGAGGACUUUUAUUAA